AUGCCGGCGGAGGCGGCCAGCAGCGCUGCUGCGGACCCGCCCGGCGCUCCGCGGGAGCGGAGGCGGAGGCGCGGCCGUGCGCGGGCGCGCACCGAAGCUCUUCUCCACACGCUGAAACGCAGCCGGCGGGUGAAAGCCAACGACCGGGAGCGGAACCGCAUGCACCACCUGAACGCGGCGCUGGACGAGCUCCGCAGCGUCCUGCCCACCUUCCCCGACGACACCAAGCUCACCAAGAUCGAGACCCUGCGCUUCGCUUACAACUACAUCUGGGCCCUCUCCGAGACCCUCCGCCUGGCCGAGCAGUGCCUCCCGCCGCCCCCCUCCUUCCGCGGGGCCACCGCCGCCGUUCCCCCUCCCAGCCCCGGCAGCGACGCCGGCUCCUGGCUGUCCUCCGCUUCCCCCUCCGCCCCUUCGCUCUGCGCCUCCGCCUCCGGCCCCAGCAGCCCGGCCACCUCCGAGGACUGCGCUUACGCGCCCGCCGAUACCCUGCUCAACUUCCGCGGGUUGCCCGCGGCCCCGGGCGCGCCUUGCCGCUAG